AUGGACGUUUUUAAGCUUGAGGGAUAUGGAAAUGAGAAAGUGUGCUGGCUUUCGGUAAAGACCGGACUUAUCUGGACAUUCCUCAUCCCUGUUAUGUUGGUCAUUUUGAUAAACCUCAUCAUUAUGGUGGUUGUAAUAAGAAUUAUGUGUGGAACAGCAUAUAUGUCAAAGAAAACGAGUACAGAAAAAGUCAAAUCUGGUGUUUUGAGUAUUUUUGUCAUGAUGCCCAUCAUGGGACUUACAUGGAUGUUCGGAAUAUUUUCGAUGGACGAAGAAACAGUGAUCUUCCAGUACCUAUUUGCAGUUUUCAAUAGCUUACAGGGAUUUUUCAUCUUCAUUUUUCACUGCGUCAUGAACAAAAAGGCAAGAUGUUUAUAUUAAUAUAUUACGCUUUCCUAUUUGAUUGUGCGAUGACUACUAG